AUGCCAGCACCCGGUCCACGGAGCUGGCGUAGACCAGCGCCACUCGCGACACCUUUCGCCACGCGAUUGCUCCACCGCCUCCUCGCCGUCGCCGACUCGCCGCUGCCGACGGCUUCUCCCGGGCUCAGCGGGGGAGGGGGAGGGCCUUGUCAGAUGGCGGCGCACGCGGCAAAGAAGCGGAGGCCGGAGGAGGAGGAGGCGGAGGAGGAGGUGCACCUGGCGUUCCGGGGCGCCGCGAACGCGCUGUCCCAGGUGUACGCGCAUGCCGUUGCGCACCAGAAGGCGUCGUUCGUCGCGGGCGAGCGCCGGGCCAUGGAAAAUGUACAUCAAUGGCUGUCCAGUCAGCUUGAAGAAGCUUCAGAGGUGCCUGUUGCUGCUGUGCUUGCAUACUUGCAGAAUGAGAUUGAGCACUGCCGAGAGGAUCCUGUAGCAUCUCCGCAGCAUCCAAGCCAACAGCAAACACAUAGCACCCCUUCUGCAAAUGUUCAAUGCAACCCCUUCUCGUUUGGGAACAUAGCUGCUGCGCUUGACUUCCGGAUGGAUGAAACAGACCAGACAAGCAAUUCUGGCGUCCCAAAUUCUCUUCCUGACCCUUUACGGCAAAAUUUCCACUCAAAUCAUUUGAUUCAGUCGUCAGGGUAUGGUCCCAUCAACUCAUGUCCCAACGGAAAUGGGCCUCGGAACAACCGGUCGCCACAAAAUCAGGACUCUGUGAAUUGCAAUUUGACUGAGCCCUCCAUGGAUAUGCAUUGUGAUGGUCCUUGA